AAGCGGGAAAUAUAUGGAUACAAUCAUUACAAUCUAAACAAACCACAAUACAAAUAUCUUAAAUCGAAAAAAUCGUGCCUUACAGACAUUUGAAAACAUUUAAACAUGUCACAAAAGGAGACUAAAAAAAAGGUGAUGUCCCAAAAGGAUUAUCUAAAAAAAUAUCUUUCUGGUGGAAAGAAGAAAAAAGAAAAAGUUAAAAUUCAAAAAAGAGUACAAAUUAUUGACGACAAUAUUGAUUGUGUUGAAAAUGAUUAUGAAACUAACAUUGGGUUUGAUCCAGUUGAUGAAUUUGCACCUCAAAUAGUAGGUGUUGUUGACGAAAGACCUAAAGAUGUUAAAACAUUGGACAUGUACAAAAAUAAAAAUCGAUGGAAACGAAUAGGUGGAGAUAGUGACAUUGAAGAGGAUUCUACUAAAAUUGACAUUGAUCAAGUCAAAAAUUAUGUUCAACAAAUAAAUAAAUCUACUUUAAAUGAUUUAAUAAAAGAGAAAAAUGAUGAGUCAAUAGAAAAUGAUAUGCCUAUUAGACGUGAUCGAAAAACUGGUAAAAAACGAGAUCUCAAAAAAGAAAAAGAAGAAGAAAAGAAGAAAGAAGAAAUAUUAAAAGAGCAUAAAGCGAAAUAUGCUGUAUGGGGAAAAGGAGUAAAACAAGUUAAGGAUGCUCAAGAACAAUACGAGUCUGAUUUGCAUGAAAUGCAAAAACCAUUAGCGAGAUAUGCAGAUGACCAAGACCUGGAGAAUUUGUUGAAGUCCAAGAUCAGAGAUGGAGAUCCAAUGCUCGAAUAUAUAUCAAAAAAUAAAGGAUCAGGUGAAGAUUCUCCUGAUGGUGUCAGACAUGAAGUAAAGCGGUUUCGAGGAUUUUGUCCACCAAACAGGUUUGGUAUAGUUCCAGGAUUUGCAUGGGAUGGUGUAGAUAGAUCGAAUGGUUAUGAACAGAAAUGGCUACUGCAACUAAAUUCUCAGAAAGCUGUGGAAGAUGAAGCAUAUAAAUGGAGCUGUUCUGACUUAUGAAUUAAUAUGUAUAUGUAUUUGAAUUAAUUGUAAUUAUCACCUAUAAUUUUAAAUGUAUGUCUAUAAUUAAAUAAACUUGUACUUGACUUUUAA